CCCCCUCUUCUCCCCGUCUGCGUGGAGGAUGGCGUUUGAAACUUAAACAGGGCAGCUGGAGCCCGUCGAGUUCCAGUGAAGCGACCGGGUUUGACCUCACUCUCCCGCUGUGCCACCUCUCCAGGUCCAACCGGUGUCCCUCCGGCCAUACAGACACUCGCCCCCCUCUCCCCCCUCCCCUCCCCUCCCCAAGAGACCCCUCGGCUCUCGUUCUGUCUCGUCUGCUGCACGCCAUGAAGCUCUGGAUCGUCCUCUGCCUGGCGCUGCUCGGGGUGGAGCUCCAAAAUGGGGCCUGCCAGCAAGCCAAGCGCAGGAAAGACGCCGGAGAGAACCGCAUCAGGCCCGGGGGUAAACGGGCCAAAGCGCGCCAACCCAAAAUGAAGGAAAAGGACGCGGGAGGACGGGGCCAGUCCCUGCUGACGCAGGUGCUGGAUAAGGGCCGUUUCCUGCGGCUGGGUGAGACCACAACGAUGACCCCCGGGAGGAACAUGGAGCUGCGCUGUAAGGGCAGCAGCGUCGGCUGGGCCUACCCUCCUUACCUCGACACAUUCAACGACUCACGCCUCAGCAUAAAACAGAGUGACAAGUACAGUCAGUUGAUCCUGACGUCGCCCUCUGCUGUUGACACCGGGACUUACAGCUGCUGGCUCGUUUUUUGUGACGGGUCAGAAUGCGAGAAGGAUCCAGAUCGUAUCUCCACCUCCUACAUCUAUUUCACAGAUAAGGACAACCUUUUUGUCCCAUCUGCCAUCCACUUUGAGAUUGUCUAUCUGCACCCGGACCGGGCAGCCAUCGUGCCCUGUCGUGUGACCAGUCCUCUGGCCAAGGUUUCCCUACACAGAGAGGUCCCCCCUGAGGAGAUUCCUAUGGAUGGGAGUUUGGUGACCUAUGACCCUACCAAGGGAUUUGUCCUGCAGAACCCCGGUCUGGAGCACCAGGGAGUUUUCUACUGCAAGGCCGUGACCAAGGACACUCCUCAAAUCUCUCCCAAGUACCACCUGCUCUAUGUGGAGGUCCCAAGUGGGCCCCCCUUUGUGAGCCUAGAUGCCUUCCCCAAGUCUGUGAGAGGAGGGGACACCAUUAAUAUUACCUGCACUGUCCUGGGAGAGCCAGAGGUUGAUGUGAGCUUUACCUGGACUUACCCUGGUCAGGGCUUGCGUCCUGUUGACAUCCAGGGUUCUUGGAGGCUUGUCAACAGGGGUAUGGGCCACACGACCCGGGUCUCAAAGAGUGUCAUCACUAUAGAGGAUAUGGAGACUAUUGACUUUGGGAGGUACAGCUGUAAAGUUAAGAAUAAGCACGGUGAGACGACAGUGGCAACCAACAUUUAGCCUAAGCGUUAUGGCCUGCACCAUUGCUAUAUUUGGUACGGGAGUAUAGCUUAUAUUGAACUCUCACACAGGUCGGUGAGAUUUGAACACCCAGUUAUAUUCAGAAAGUAAGAUUUCAGCAAGAAAUCUGAAUGUAUUACGAUUGUUGAUUAUGUUGACAUAAUAAAGAUGUACUUCCUGUACUCUCUAC